AUGUCUCCUGCCCCAGACAACGGACAGCCGCGGCAGGCCGACAGAACAGACGCUCAUGCAACGCUCUGGCGCCCCAUCACGCUCAUCUGGGCCAUGCUGUUCUUCCAGGCCUUCGGGGUGAUGGUCUCGAUCGCGCCACAGACGCGCCUCUUCGAAGAUGUCGCCUGCCGGCGCUAUUUCGGCGGCGGUGACCUGGAUGAAGAGUCCUGCAAGGACCCUGCCGUCCAGGACAUGGUCAACGAGCUGUUUGGGUGGCAGCUGUUCUUCGAUGGCAUACCGGGCCUCGUCAUGGCCCUGUACUACGGCGCGAUGGCGGACGAGAAGGGGCGGAAGCCCGUUCUGACGUUGUCGCUGGUGGGCCAGGGGCUUGGUGCUGCGUGGAUCCUUUUGAUAUGCUGGAUGCAGAUUGAUCCGCGAUGGACCUGGCUCUCCUCGGCCUUCUACUUCAUCGGAGGCGGCGGCACAGUUUUCAAUGCGGCAGCCAUGAUGAUCCUUACAGAUGCGUCACUCGAGUCUUUCCGUUCCAAGGCAUUCUUCUACGCCCAAGGUGUGACGAUCGUCGGAGAAAUGCUCGCCCCGCCACUGGGUGCCUAUUUGAUGCGCACGAGUCUCUGGGUUCCCAUCAUCAUCGGAUUCGUAUGCCUGCUCCUCGCUGUGGCUCUCACUGUGGUGAUGCCAGAGACUCGGUUCACGGCGCUUGCCAGAUACGCUCCAGAUGAUGAACAAGUGCAUCACGUCCCUGGGCCAUCAGAAUCUGAAGAGAUUUCAGAGUCUCAGGGCAGCGAAGGCGAGACUGAUAUCAAGAGCCGUUUCGAGGCGGCUGUCGGGCACACCAUUUCGACAGUAGGCUUUGUCCUCACCCAUCGAAACUUGGUGCUCCUUAUGGCUUGCUUCUUCUCGACCGACUUUGCACAACAGUCGCUUGCGAUCUUGUUACGUUAUGUCUCAGCGCGGUAUUCUAUUCCGCUCGCUAAGGCCAGCUACCUGUUCUCCUUCCAGGCGUUCGGACAGAUGCUGGCAUAUGGCACCGUUCUUCCCCUCCUUGACACCACACUGAUCAGCCGGUUCGGACUCCUACCUCGCAUCAAGGAUCUUUACCUGUCCCGACUAAGUGUCAUGCUCCUGGCUAUAUCUUUCGCUAUUUUGGCCGUCGCGCCAAGGUUCGACUUUGUCUUCAUCGGUAUUGCAGUUUACACAUUCGGAACAGGUUUCCAAUCGUUCGCGCGGUCCCUCGUCAGCUCCCUUGUCGACGCGGACAUGAUAGGUACAGUAUUCACCGCGCUGGCAAUCAUGGACACCAUGGCGGUCCUAUUGGGUGGCCCUGUGAAUGCGGCCGUUCUCAAGUGGAGUAUGAGACUGGAGGGUGUUGGGAAAGGAUUGCCCUAUCUGUUGGCACUUGUCCUCUCUGGUCUCACAGCAAUUGUGCUGGCUCAAGUGCGCAUUCAAACCCCAACGUCCGAGGACGGACUGGUGGAUGAAGCACAGAGAUUGUUAUCAAAUGAUGAGGACGAUAACGACAGAGGACCUUAG